GGAGGCGGCGGACGCAUGCGCCGCGAGGUCAGAGGGACGCGGGCGGCACACAGUCUCCACGCUCCUUGUUAAUGAAUCGGCGGUACCCGUGCCUCGCGCUGCGUUCAAACAUUCGCGCGCCCUAAAAACUUACUCCCGUCUCUCUCGCGCCCUCUCCCGAGCAACCGCGGGUGCCGUGGUCGCUGUCAAUGUGAGAUGUGACGGAAAUCACAGAUACCAUUGUAACAUGACAAUAAGAAACAAAACAUAGAAUAGCGUUGUAAAAAUAUUUGCUAUGCACAUAGAAGCGAAGACAAUAAAAUUUUAAUUUCCCGAAGAGUAUAAUGGUAUUAUAACGGGCGAAAUGUGAGAUAGAGCCGGUUGGAAAUCAAAUGUCUGUUGACAUUAUGGCUGCGGAGGUACCGAGGCGUUCGCGAGCCGUUACCAUGGAAACCGGAGGGCUCCCGCUAGUUUCUACAUUUGCGCUUCUUACUAUUGUGGCUGUCGGUAUUGCAGGUCAGCUGCAGGGCCCGGGGUACGGCGAGCAGGAGCCGGAGUUUCUCGCCCCUCUCGAGAACAUUACGGUUGCAUUGGGCAGGGAUGUGCAUUUUACGUGCACUGUCAAUCAUCUCGGCGGGUAUAAGGUGGCAUGGAUAAAAUCGGACACCAAAACGAUUCUAGCGAUACACACACACAUGGUCAACAUAAAUCCAAGGCUGUCGGUUACACACAACGGCCACAACACUUGGAAGCUGUACAUCAGCAGCGUGGAGCCCAAAGACUCCGGGACCUACAUGUGCCAGAUUAACACUGAUCCUAUGAAGAGUCAGAUGGGUCAUCUAUCAGUGGUGAUACCGCCAGACAUCGCAGACAGCGACGGGUCGGAAGCUAGUGCCCCUGAAGGUGGUUCCAUAGAACUGAGGUGCACAGCCAACGGAGUGCCCGAACCCACUAUAUCAUGGAAAAGACAAGGAGGCCGCAACAUAGUGUUUCGUGAUGAAAAUGGCAACGAAGAAAAAGUGGUGGACAGUUACGUGGGUCCAACGUUGUCGCUGAAAGGCCUCAGACGGACGGAUAUGGGCAAUUAUUUGUGUAUAGCUGCGAACGGUGUGCCGCCCACCCAGAGUCGGAAAUAUGAGGUCACUGUGCUUUUCCCACCAAUAGUGCGUGUGGCGAGUCUGGUCGUGUGGCGAAUGGCAGACAUGCAAGUGACGCUGCAAUGCUACGUGGAGGCGUCACCGAAGUCGCUCACAGUGUGGCAGAGGGGCAAAUCGCACUCAGGUGCGAAGCUUUUGAACAGUUCGAAAUACGUGAUCGCUGAGGACAAUUUGAACAAAUACGCAGUCCGUAUGAAUAUAACCAUCAACCGGCUGAAAAAGAAUGACUUCGGCGAAUACACAUGUUCCGCGGCGAACGCGUACGGCAGAGCCAACGCUACUAUCACGUUAAAAGAAACGCCGCAAAAGACGACGACAACAACAACAACCACCACGUCAACAACAACACCGCGCCCCACAACAACACUGCGCACGACAACGCGCCCGCCCAAGCGUCACCUCAAGAAACAACAGAACCAAAACGCCCUCGACAUGGAGCUCAAUCACAUCGGCGUUAACAACGCGCUAAACUUUUACAACAUAAACACAUACGGCACACAAAACAACACACCAACACACACGCAAGUACACACACAAAACGAAUAUAGCCAAAGAGUCGAACGACAAAAAGUUCGACCGUCCGGCCCUCCGCGACAUUACGUCGUCUACAACAGAGGUGUACAACACAAACACACCAUUUCACUAUUUAUACUCGUCAAAUUAAUAUUUAUAUAAAUAACACAUUUUUGUGUUUAACGAUGGCUGUUGAAUUUUGAGCAUUGUUGUAAGUAUUAAAUACGUUUGAAAGUUGUUAACUUACGAAUAUGUAGAUAUCAGCUUUAAUGUAAGCUAGCGUAGUAAACAAUUAUUCGUUGUUUAUUUAGGAAACAUCUUGUUUGACCAAAACCUUAGAGGUUUUUCGAAAUUUUUACAUACUAUACUGGAUCGUUUGGAAAUUAAUAUCAUAGAUGGCAUAUCAAGUGUAAAGAAAAAUAACAGUUUUGAAUAACGAAGCAACUUCAUGUAUUGUACUUUGAAAAUAAAUACGUAGGUAUAUCCAAUACAAUGUUGAAAAAGGAAACUUAAUAAAUAAAGAAAUUUGUCUUUGAAUAUCCAAUUUCUCUUUAAAUAAAGUUCUAUCUAUAUUGUAUUCACAUAAAUGUAACAAAAACUGAAUUCAAAAAUUAAGAUGUUGUCCUCAAAUCUAUUCUUUAUAAAAUUGUAGAUCAUGUUCC